GCGAAACGACCCUCAGUGCCGCUUGGAACUUGGACGGAGACAGAUACACGCCGCUCGUGGUCCCAGGGCAGCAGUGGUAGUGGCGGAGGUGGUCAGUGUGUGCCCCCCCGCUAACCUCCGGUGGCCCUAGCGUCCCCCGGGGUGCCCGUAGAGGUGCCUAGGAGUGCCACAGGGGUGAAGAAGCUUUUAUGAAUAUGAUGCAAGACAGAAACAAAGGAAAGUGACGAGUGAAAAUUAAAAAUGUGACUGAAAGUGAAGAGUGAAAAUGAAGCUUCGAUCAGGAAAGUUGCCGGUUCAUGAAGCUUCGAAACUACAGCGAAAGUGAGAAAAAGCUGGUGUACCAAGAUGGCCGCCAACAGCCUCCUCAGCGUCAGACAAGAACUUCGACUGCAGCUUCCGACAUCUUACUACUCCCUGUCAGAGGUGAGUGUCUGUCUGUCAGUGUUGCCACAUCCACGACACAACACAACACAAAGGAUUCAACAGCGUCAAGAGACGCGAGCGAUGGUGACGUAGGGAGCACGUGACUAUGGCCGUGACGUCAUCGCCUGGGAGCAAUGUUACUCUUCUCCUCACUCCCCCUCCAACCCCUCACCCCACUCUCCAUGGAGGGGCCAACAUCACCGCCUCCACGACCCCCAUGAGUAACGAGACCCACCAGCGAUACCUGCGCGAACUGGCCCUACAGGAAUUCUACUCGACCUACGAUGUGUGGACCGGGAUUCGAACAGCCCUCACCCUCGCCCUCUUCUUCGUCUUCACCGUCACCGUCAUCCUGUACAAGAGCAAGUGUAAACCAAGACGCAAGUAUGAGCUCUACCCCAGCCUCGAGGACAUGCAAGCCGGUACCCUUGAUUACUGCGGGUACUGGUGUUCGAGCCCCGGCAGCCACGACACGGGGCAGAAGUCCAGCCAGGUGGACUCCCUGGGGCGCUGCUACAACCAGGGCCGCGGGGAGACCGGAUCGGCGCCCCUCCCCACCCAGCGCUCCGUCGGCUCCUACUCCAGCCUCAACAACUCCUUCAGGGUGAAAAGUCUGCCCGGCAGCGUAAUGCGCAUCAACUGCUCCCGCAACUCAUCCUUCGAGAGGGAAGACUCCCAGGCCACGGCCCACUCGGUGCGGUCGGAGUUUCUGUCGGUGCCCGGCGUGCGGCUGCAGUCCACAGGGUCCAGCAGCGACGGGUACAGCCAGGGGUCGUCGCUGCACGACCUGAGCGGCGAGAUGACGCCCAUGGCGCUGCUGGGCGUGCCGGGGCUGGGGCCGCGCGGCAACAAGCCGCUGCUGCAGCUGGGCGGCAUGGACUGGGACAGCGACCACGCCACCGCCGAGUGGGUGCAGACCAUCGACAUCAACGUCAUCCAGCCCACGCCCAACAUCUCGCCCUGUGGCUCCGUGCGCAGCGUCUCCGACAACUCCGAGCUGGCGCGGCUGCCGCUGCCGUGUCGCGGCCGCGCCGCCUCCCUGCUGUCCUUGGACUCGCCGGACAUGGACAACCGAUCCAUCGGCUCCGACUCCGUGUUCCUCGAAGACUCGUUGGGCGAGACCUUCAGCAGCCGCUCCGAGAGCGUGGACAGCGGCACCCCCUCCCUGCUGGCCUCGCCGCGGCCCUCCCUCACCCCCUCACCCCGCGGAGGCCGCCGGAAGGUGCAGUCCUUCCGCCUCGGCAUCAACCCCUCCACCUCCCCCUUCCCCCCCACCUCUCCCCUGCCGGUGCGCGCGCUGCCCCCCGACGCCUCGCCGCGUCCCAGGGACCAACGCAGCCGUCAGAAGCUGCUGCAGCGCCAGAGGGUUCAGGAGGAGCCGCUGGGCCCAAGCGGCGGCGGGGUGAUGCCGGGCCCGCGGCGCGGCGGGUCGCCUAUGACCUCCCUGCUGGUGCCCACGCUGGGCAGCCACCUGCGGGCGUCGUGCGAGCGGCUGGCGGCCCACACGGCGAUGCGGGGCGAGCUUGAGGCAGGCAGCAGCCAGAGCCGCAGCUCCAGCCUGCUGGUGCCCUCGGCCUCGGGCAGCACGGAGGAGGAGCCCAUGUGCGCCGUGUUCACCGUGCCGUCGCUGCGCCGCUGCAACUCGGCCACGUCGCCCGCCAUGGCGCAGGAGGCGGAGGGCUGGCGGCGUGCGGACAGCGAGCAGAACCCGGCCAUGCGCCGCUCGGACAGCGCCAGCAGCAGGCACCGGGAGUCCAGCGAGUCCUCCAGCGGCUCCGACGACGCCAGCGAGUCCGUGUCCUUCCACCUGAUGGUGCCGGCCCUCAGCCUGGACCAGCCCAGCGCCGACACCAGCCGCGCCUCCUCCCCCGCCCUCUCCACGCCCAGCUCACCCAACUGCACGCCACCCCCUGCCCGCCGCACCCCCAUCUCGCAGCCACAGUCCCCGCGCACCCUGUCCUCGCCGUUCUCCACCUCCUCCACGCCCUCACCCACGCGCGGCAGGAUCGGCCGUACCUCCCAACCGGUCGGCGGCGGGCGUGGCAGCAACGGGCUGCUGGCCCCCGGCGGGCUGGUCAACGGGCGUGCGGGCGCGGGCCGCGGCAACGGGCGGCGCGUGCUGCGGCGGCAGUACAGCCAGUGCGUGCCGCCCAGCCCCACGCUGCGGGACAUGCCGGUGCCGCCGCCCUCGCUGCCCACCUACAUGGAGGAGGACGACCUGGAGGUGGAGUGGUGCUUCCCGCCGGCGCCGCCGCCCUCGCCCUUCAAGGCCGGCCAGGCGCUCUACAUGCGCCAGGACUCGUGCCCGCCCUCCCCGCGCCUCGCCGCCCGCCACCUGCAGCACCAGGACUCCACCCCCACACCCACCCCCACCUCCCCCUCGCUCUCCCCCUGCGGCCCCGGCCCCCUCCAACACCAGGACUGCGCCCCUUUGCCCUCCCCCCGCGCCGUCGGCUACCACCUCAUGCACCAAGACUCCACGCCCUCCUCCACCUCGCCCAUGCCCCGCCAGGACUCCUCCCCCACGCCGCCCCACGACAGGGCGCCCCUCAACCGCGAAGGCUCCUCCCCCACCCCACCGUACGGCGCCAAGACCUCCCUCACGCGGGAGGACUCCUCGCCGCCCUCCUCCUCCUUCCCCUCCGAGAUGCGGGACGACUCGCGCCACCCCUCCUCCUCCUCCACCUCCUCGUCGUCCUCCUCCUCCUCGGUGAUGGAGACGCCCUGCUAACCCCCGCCCCCCCAGUAGGCCCCGGAUGUAGGCAAACACGCGUAGCUCAACCACACCACGUCGAUGCACCCCUCACUCCCCCGCCCCCCCACACGCGCUACAGAUCCUACACAACGGCCCCCCCCCCCCAGUGACGCCAAGCCAGCCGCUCCCCCGCCACACACACACACACACACACACACGCAGCCCGUUGACUUGGUGUAUUAAGUAUUAUUACCGUAACUGUGCUAGAUGUCUUGUAUCAAAGGAGUAUAUUAUUGCGACUCAAAAAAGCGAACAAAGAAAUAAAAAAACCCUAAAGGAAAAGAAGAAGAAAGAAAUAUACGAAGAUUAAGAAGAGAGUUAAGAAGUAAUGUAGCGACGCCAAGACAUGAAUUCCUGUAACUAUUCACUUUAGUAUUUAGACGAUUAGAAGGGAGACGUGGUUUGGUUUAGUUUGCCAUUCAAUAUUCCGUUUUUGUUGUUACGUUUUCUAAUUAUGUUUAAUGGGAGACACGAAGAAACGGAGGAGGAUGCGAAGAAACGAGUACUUGAUAGAGGAGGAGAGAAAGAAUAAUGUUUAGGACCUUUGACUUCAGGAGGAGGAGGACGCGAAGGAGGAAGAGGAGGUUGAGAGGGGACAGAAAUGAGUACACGAUAGAAGAAGAGAAAAAGAAAGUUAGGAGGAGGAGGAAGAGGAGGUUGAGAGGAGGAAAAAGAAUAGAAAAUUAAGAGGUGGAGAAGAGGAAGAAGAGGGUGGUGACGAAGAUGGUGGAACAUACAAAUACAAGAACUACUACUACUACUACUACUUAUGCUAACACAAAAACAAACCAAAAACAAAUUCACUCUACAAACACACAUUUUAACACCGCCCUUCCUCCCCCCUCCACUCUCCUCCUUUCCCCCUCCACUAACAACGGUAAAAAUAGUAAUAAAAAUAAUAAUAUCAACUUGUAAUGAACUGGAGAGUGUUAUGGGUGAAUCAAAGUUAUUCUUAUGCUAGUCAAGUGUUGAGUUAGCUUUAGAAGUCUUGAGUUGAUACCAGUUGUGGAUUGUACGGUAUAGUGGUGGACAUAGCUGAGUUUGGGGUGAUGAAAUUAAGAGAUUUGAAGGUAAUGAUGAGAAGGAGAACUGCCUGUGAAUUCAUGGUACACUUGCUCAAACCAUUUUUAAAUCAUGUCACUUUGUAUUGUUUUUUAUUCAUUUCUUCUUCUUUCAUUCAUUCAAACUGUCUGUCUCCUCUUUGCUUCCUUCCUUCCUUUUCCUUCAUUUCUCUUUGUACCGUUUUUAAAUCAUGCCACUGUGUAUUGUUUAUUUUCUGUUCAUUUCUUCUUAUUUCUUUCACUCAAGCUGUCGAUCUCCUCCUUGCUUCCUUCCUUCCUUCCUUUUCCUUCAUUCCUCUUUGUAUCCCACCUUCUCCCAUACUAAUCUCUAAAUCUUCCUGCUCCUUCCUUCUUUCUUUCUCUCCUUCCUUCCUUAUGUCAUUCCUGCCUUCUCUUCCUUCUGCUCCUCUUUCCCUCGAUCUUUAUAUUCAAGCUUCUUUCCUUCUGUUUUUCUUUUCUUCCUUCUCUCCCUUUCUCCUUUCUUUCAACUCAUCUUCUACUCACUUUCCACCAUUCCUCUUUCCUUUCCACUAAAAUUCCUUCGCUCUCUCCAUCCCUCCUCCAUUCAUCCUUUCCUCCAAUACUCCCAACUUCCUCCUAAAACAGAAUUACCCCCUCUCUUUACCUCCUCCUCCUCCUCCUUCACAUAAAUUUACUAACCCAACCAAACAAUUAUAAAACCACAAAAAAACAAUAUAGCCCCCCCCCCCCCCUAUAAAACUAAUAGAAGAGUAAAGAAAACGACAUGUUGUUGACCCCCCCCCACCAGCCCGCACUCCCUAACUGAUUCUUCUGAACUGUAAAAGAUAAAAUAAUAAUAAAAAAUAAUAAUAAAAAAAAAAUCAACCAGACAUAAUCAAAAUGAAUAGUUCUUGGUCUGCCCACGGCCGUUAAUAAGUUACUGUUAUCUUAAUUAUACUCGACGUGUCUUUUGUGGAACUUAAUUGACAUCAGAAAAAGAGAGAGAGACUGUCAAGUGGUGAUGAUGAUAAUGAUGAAAAUAAUGACAAAAAUGGUGAUGAUUGUGGAGAGGAGGAAUGAAGUGUAAAAAAUGAUGAUUGUGAAAAGUAAAGAAGGAAAAAGUGAAAUAAGGAAAAAAAGUUAAAAAUGAUGAUUGUGAAAAUUAAAGAAAGAAAGAAAGGAAAGGAAAGGAAGAAGAGAAAAUAUUAAAGUAAAAGAAAAGAUGUUGUGUUAAAGAAAGAAGGAAAUGUUAAAAUGAUGAUGAUAAUUGUGAAAAGAAAGAAGAGUAAAAAUAAUGAGAAUCGUGAAAAGGAUGAAGUCAAAAUGAUGAUAAAUGUAAAGAGAAAAAAGGAAGUGAUAAAAUGAUGAUAAUUGAAAAAAGAAAAAGAAAGAAAGAAAGAAAGAAGGAACAGCCGAUAACACACUGAAAUCCAUAUAAAUAACGAUCAUAACGCAUAAACUUAAAUAAUAAAUAAAUAAAUAUAUAUACAUAGAUGUGUUAAUAGCAGUAAACAAGUAAAUAUGUUGUUUGUUGACUUGACAGAGUUAAAAAAAUGAAAAAAAAAAGUGAAAGAAAAAAAAUAAUUACCUAGUUUUUUUCGUUGGUGUAAAAAAGAAAGACAGAAGAAACGUUUGGGCACGAAAGCAAGCGAACGUUUUUCUGGUGUUUGAACGUUUCCACGACGCUCAUUGGUCCGUGUGGUGAGUGACGUCAUGAGGGAAGGAGGGAAGGCCUGUGAUUGCCUGACGAGGUGGUGACGUCAGCAGCGGCCUAGCCAAUGGCGUGAGUGAGACGAGGCGGAAAAUGAUUUAUAUUUGUUUAUAAACUUUAUAAAGGAUGAGAAAAUGUAC